CUUGAAGUUAGUUGACAUCAGACUUCCUCAAAUCUCUCUGAAACUCCGGAAAGGUGUCGGGAUCGACCUGAACGUCUAUACCAAAGUGGAGGUCAAUAUUCAGCUGCUCACAUUGUUUGAAUCUCUUGGUGGGGCGUGUAGUGAACAUCACAGCCCAGACUCGGAUGGUGCGAGACGCGUCAGGUGCCCCCAGGUUGGUCGUUCAGAACUGCAAGACCUUAAUGAGCGGCGUAAAGCUCAAGUCUGAGUUAUUAAAACCGCUGGAUGGGGUUGUAGGCAAUCUUUUGAACAAUCUCCUCCCUGGAGUGCUCUGUCCAGUCAUCGAACUUGUGGUGAAUGUCUUGAACACGCUUUUGGGGACAAUCAACAGCAUUUGUCCGUUUGGAGUGCUAGGACAAUUGCAUUAUACUCUGGCUGGCCUGCCUGUGUUCCAGGAUCAACACAUCCUUUUGAAUCUGAACCUAAUGAUCACCGAUCUUGAAGGCAAGAAGACCAUCAACCUUCCUCCAGUCCGGCUGCCCGUCCUGCCCGAGCCUGCAGCCGGGGACCACGUCUCCCAGUUGGUUCUGCCUGGUGAACUCAUCUCCACUCUGAUAGGGUCCCUGGGGUCGAAAGGGCUGCUCAACGCGGACAUCACUCAACAAACGCUCCGUGGAAAUGUCCCAAUGACGACGUCUGCUCUGCAGUCCUUGAUUCCAGCGAUUUCUCUCUUAGGAGUCCCUUCGUUGCCUCUGGUGGUCCGAAUUAGACUCAACGAACUCCCACGUGUGUCUCUGCAAAACGGAGAGGUGUUUGUGUCUCUCGCAACCUCGAUCGAAGUGCUGGCUCACACGAGAUUUGGAUCCAAACAGCUUUUUGAGUUGGCUGCUACGGUCGGCCUGAGUGGCAAAAUCACACCUGGACUAGCAAAGCUGAGCAUCACUUUGUCUCUGAAGAGCCUUAACCUCAGAGUCGCCUCUUCAGUACUUGGCAGCAUUAAUGUUGGUGUCCUUCAAGGCUGGAUCACAAACUUGCUUGUCUCUGAAUAUCUGCCAAUUCUCAAUGGUGCGUUGGAGAUCGGAAUUCCUCUCCCUAAGCUGUUCAAUUUGAACUUUGAUGAUGCUGCCGUCUCUGUUGUUCAAAACGCCCUUGUGGUCGGUACGACUCCGAAGCUGCACUAAAGGAAUGCUCCCCUUUGCUGUGAAAUACUGCAGAAGAAUCCCGGCUUCCCACUUUUCCCCAUGAUACCGCUGUCUUGCAGUUCUCUUCGUGCACUUUGGCUGUGAAAGAAGGAACUUCAGCUUAGACCCUUUCUGCUUCUCAAUGGGCUGCUGCCCAAUCAAAUGCGGCGCAGCAAAUCCGCUCCAAGAACCACGCAGCUCUUGUGUACCAAAUUCCAAUAAAAGGCUGUCACUUGCCCGGCA